GCCAGGCCAGGCAUUAGCAUUGAUUUGGCUGCGUCUCGAGCGGGUCGCUGGUUGUAUUGAUUAUCGUAGUAUAGUCUACCUCUCACCAAGUACAUCCACAUAACUUAUUCUCAAACACCCCCAGCGAACCUCAUCGCCCGACUGUUGCUUAUCGCACAAGAUCGUCAAGCCACCCUGAAUCAGCGACACACUUUGUCGUCACCACACGGUUGACCCGUGCCUACCCUGCUCCCUCCGGCGCCCUGCAGCCCAUGGAAUAACGCGACAAUGACCUUGAACGACUCACGAAAACGCCUGUUACGGACGUUGAACAGCCGCUACAUCUACGGACGACUGCCCCUACUUCAUGCUAUAAUUGCCCUGAUACAGAUUACGAUGGUUUCGAUAUUGAUACGGACAUUCAAUGCAUACUAUACCCGCCGACCGGUCUUCACGACCAUGGUCACCAACGCCGUGCUAGGCGGCAUCGCAGACACAACCGCACAAACACUGACGGCCUUCCGGAGACGACAAGCACAACGACGCGCCGACCCUGAGGCAGCGAACAACGACUUCUUCUCGAUCGAGAUACAAGAGUAUGACAAGAAGGUACCAUGGCCGGAAUCGCCAUCCUUCAGGCAACCGCCUCCGCCCUUUGACUUUGAGCGCAUGAUCAGAUUCAUGGCGUAUCCGUUCAUCAUGGCGCCUCUACAACAUCGAUGGUUCGCCUUCCUGGAGCGGACAUUCCCAAUGGUUGCAGGCAAGGCAGCUCUCAGUUCGCUGAAGAGGGUCGCAUUCGACCAGCUGUUGUUCGCACCGUGCGGCCUGGCUUGUUUCUUCACGUUCAUGACUGUCGCGGAGGGCGGUGGACGACGAGCGAUUGCGAAGAAGUUUCAGGACGUCUACAUCCCGGCGUUGAAGGCGAACUUCUUGGUUUGGCCGUUGGUGCAACUUAUCAAUUUCCGGUUGAUGCCGAUACAGUUCCAAAUCCCAUUCGUCUCCACUGUCGGUAUUGCCUGGACCGCCUGGCUCUCUCUCACAAAUGCGGCAGAGGACGAGGCGCUGGGCCUGUCACCAUAGACCUGCGGACAAGAGCUGGUAACAGAGCAUUUGAACUUUGCAUAGCUUGGCGCAAGUGGCAUGGCGUGGCAUGGCAAGCCAAGGCAGGCUGGGUACUGGCGCAAUGGACAUGUGACACGCGCGGCGCUCGAUGGACAGUCAUUAAGUGGCAUGAUAGGUAUCACCUAUGGCGUUCUUGACAACGCGGUCGAGAACGAUCCCUUUUCUACGCCUUCAGUCGGAUACGCUAAGCAACCAAUGGUAGAGAGUAGAGACACCAGAUCUACUCGUACGGGCAUAGCGCCAAUGCAUAGUGAUACUAGCUGACAUGCCUACAACACCAUGUGCUGGGCAAAGGUGUCUGUCCCUGUAUUCGGACGAUAGCGCCAUCACUCUCGGUCAUGCUUGGACGGAACGUAGCCUACUCAACAAACCGCCGUUGCCGAGGUUCAAGCUUGCCAAUAUUUUC